UCGGUGCUGGAGCGAAGUACGGCGGCACAUACAGCGUCGAGCCCGGGUUCGUGUCCUCUCCGCGUCGCCCCCGAAACUUUGACAUCCGACAUCAUGCAGGCGGAAUCCGGGAUCGUUCCCGACUUCGAGGUCGCGGAGGAGUUCCAGGAGGAACCGAAGACCUACUACGAGCUGAAGAGCCAGCCGCUGAAAAGCAGGUCAGUCCCGUCGGAGCAGCACGGCUCCUCCAAGCCCCCGCUGAGCUCCUCGGCCAUGACAUCGCGCAUCCUGCUGCGGCAACAGCUGAUGCGGGAGCAGCUUCAGGAGCAGGAGCGGCGGGAGCAGCGGAGACAACAGGCCUCCCAGUACCCGCAAACCACAGCGUCCCAGACCCCCGCCAUCAACGUCAGUGUGCCCACCAGUUUGCCGCCUGCUGCCCAGGUACCGAUGGAGGUGCUGAAGGUUCAGACUCACCUGGAGAACCCAACCAAAUACCACAUCCAGCGCUCCCAGCAGCAGCAGGUGAAGCAGUACCUGGGGAAGCUCGGCUCUCAGGUGUUGAGCUUGCCCUGCCACAACCAGCCCUCUGACCACGGGGGCAUGCCGCCAGGGCCGGGCAACAGUGCCCCCAACAGCCCUAUGGCCUUACUCACCCUGAACUCCAACUGCGAGAAAGAGAUGGAUGAUGUCAUCGAUGACAUCAUCAGUCUGGAGUCCAGUUACAGCGAUGACAUCCUCGGCCUUAUGGACCCGGGACUUCAGAUGGCAAACACAAUCCCCAUGCAGGCUAACAUCAUGGAAAUGUAUGGUAAUCAGGGUAUGGCCCAGCAAGGUCUGCCUAUCAGCAACUCCUGCCCUGCCAACCUGCCAAACAUCAAAAGGGAAUACUCCGUUUCACAAUCCCCGGCCAUCAUGCAUAUGCUGGAUAAGUCUGGUUCCUGUGGCAAGUUUGAGAACUACCAGCGGCCUGAAGGUUUCCCCGUGGUCGCAGAAGUACGAGCAAUGGCGAAGGAAAGGCAGAAGAAGGAUAACCACAAUUUGAUUGAGAGAAGACGACGGUUCAACAUAAACGAUCGAAUCAAGGAGUUGGGGACUCUGAUUCCAAAGUCCAACGACCCGGACAUGCGCUGGAACAAAGGAACCAUCCUGAAGGCCUCGGUGGACUACAUCAGGAAGAUGCAGCGAGAGCAGCUGAGGGCAAAGGAGCUGGAGAUCCGGCAGAAGAAGCUUGAACACGCCAACAGACACCUGAUGCUGAGGAUACAGGAGUUGGAGAUGCAGGCCCGGGCUCACGGCCUCAGCAUCGUGUCCGCCCUCUGCUCCGCCGACCUGGGGCCCCGGGGCGUCAAGAUGGAGCCCUCCCUGGAGGACUGUCACCCGGAGCUGUACACGUUCCACCCACACCACCAACACCACCCGGCCUGCACCCCCGAGCCGCCCGGCGCCCUGGAGCUGAGCGACGGCCACUCCAACUACCCGGACGGCCACUACAGCGUCCAGGGCAAGCACGGCUCCAAACUCAACGACAUCCUCAUGGAAGACAACCAGUCGCCGGUGAGAGGCGGGGACCCUUUGCUCUCCUCCGUCUCCCCGAGCACGUCGAAGGACAGCAGCCGCAAGAGCAGCGUGAGCAUGGAUGAGAACGAGGAGGACUGUUAGCACCCCCUCCUGGAAGACAGCGCACCUGCAUCUCCUGCAACAGCAUCCUCCAACUCGCCCUCAGCUGCUGGACUCGCUCUCCUCUUUGUCUCAUUUGGGGUUUUUGUUGUUUUUGUUGUUUUCCUCCCGCCCGUGUUUACAUGCGUUGAAUCUUUUUUUUUAUUUUGUUAGGGUUUGUUUUGUUACAUCUUUUGUCUUUUCAGCCCCUGAUUUCAAAGACUGAUUUUAAAGUCUGUUUGCUUUUAAUCAAUACUUUGAUGACAAUGAGGUACAAAAGUAGAAGUUUUUGUAUUUAAAACAAAAUAUAUAUAUAUAUAUAUAUAUGCAUUUAUCUUUGGAUAGACGCUAGAUUAUGUUUAUGUUUCUAUUGAUUCCAAAGAAUCUAGGGAAGUUAUAAAUCAUGGUCAGACGUGUAGAUAUUCUUGUGGUGAGAUGAACACUGCUUUUUAAAAAAUCAUUAGCAAUAAUAGAAGAAAAGAAAAGUCUAUUUAUUACUCUAGUGCUUUACACUCCUUGUGUCUUAGAUUGAACUUGAAUGUGCUGAUGCCUUAUUGAGAUGUGUAGACAUCGAUGUUGUGUUGCUAUACACAUGUUUUUGGCUGUUAGCUGAGUCUUCGUCAGUCUUCCAGUUGAAAUUUCUUCCCUGACAAAUAUUAAUCCUUUGUAGAUUUGAUCUUAUUUAUGUAUCUAUGUAAACAGGACUUUAUAUACCUUUAUGUACACAUUCCCCUUUUAAAAAAGAAUAUUUAUAAUGAGGCUUUUGAAAGAGCCCGAUGAAAUAAAAGCCAAAAAAUACCAAAAUAUAAACAUCUCCUUUUUUUGAUAAUUAAAAAGAACAGUGAGAGUUAAUCUUACGCUUUUAUUCAGUGUUAUGAUGUCGAGAUGAUGCACAGUGAUCCAGUAACGAUAGAGAACGGUCAAGUUUCACAAAAUCCUGCCUCACCCGCCCCGUGCUGAGUGACACCACAUACAUCACCAAAACAUUCCUCACUGCCAAAACUACUGAAAUACUCCCAAAAAAGAAAUAAGUAAAGAAUUUACAAUAAAACGUGUAGAAUCUUCGCUCCUGUCAAAAUGAAGGAAACAGGCUUCACUCUACAGACCUGAAUGUUUUUACCUUAUUCUACAAAUAUUUAAUAUGUGAUUGGUUUAUUAAAGAUGAAUCACUUUUUAUUAUACUCUUGUCUGUAGGAAUCAGACGAACAUACUGAUCGUCAUACGUGUUGAUUCUUAGUUUUUAUAAUGGUCCAUUCAUUUACUAAAUUAUUGUUUUGUUUUUGUUUUUACACCACUGCGAUGACAUUUCACAUUCAGUACGUUGUUUUUAUUUCCUUUUUUUUCCAUUAUGUGAACAUUUAUAUUGCAACGGAGUAUAAGGAGACCGCUUUGGGAUUUUGUAUGAAAUGCAUGACAUUGUCAAAAACACUGGAAUGACCUCUGUAAACUGAAACGUGGUUUGUUUUGCCUGUUUUCUUUUAUUUUGUAUCCAAGCAUAAACUAACUAUUGUAUUUUGGGCUUUUUUUUGUUUUUCAAAUGCAAACACAACAUUGGAUGAGAUUGUAUAUUCUUCCUGGUGUGUGGUUGAGCGACUUGUUUUCAAACUACCUGUUACAGCACAGCCUCCAACUAUGCAACCGGCUGAAGUUGUGCCUGUCGAGCGGCGUCACGGCUCCACAACGUGAUCUCCUCAUGAAUCAGUCUCAAGCAGUAUCUAAGUGAUGAUCUUUUCUGAAUUAAUUUAAGUGCCUUACAGUCGUUUAUUUUACCCUGAUGAUGCAACUUUGUGUUUGUUUUCGUUGUCCGGUGCUUCGUGGACUAAACCGCAGGAGUGCUGAGUCAUGCCUUAGAGAGCAACACAGUAUACGACACGCUGACAAAAAGAACACAAGACCAAAGUGUUGGGUAGAAAAAACACAAGUGGAGCAUUGUGAAAUGAAUCCUCGUAAAAGUAAAGAGAUACAAAUAUGCAAUUAAACCUCUAAAUUCUUAAGUUAUGACCAUUGAUUGUUGCUGGUGUUAUUUUAUCAUUCUUAUUCCCAUAUUGUUUUAUUUAUUUAGUAAAUAACUGUAUAUUUUAAAGUGCCUUUUUUUUUCAAAACGUCUGUUUUUAUUUCACAGCAUGUUGUCAUGAAAGCUUUAGAUCAGAGGAAAUGUUGAUAUGAAAAUAAGAAUGAUGAAACAACUUGUCAGAGCAAUGCUUGAAGUUAAAAAGUAUUUUUAAAACUGCAACAAAACCAUUUUAAGUGUCCAAAUAACUGAUUAGACAUUUGGUUCGGUCUCAGGAUUUAUUGUAAAAACAUUUUCAUUGCCACAAGGUCACAAUUUCAAUUACACCUUUACUUUAUGAUUAUUUAUUUCACAAUCUCCUCUCAGUUCAGUACAGAAACAUUUGGAGCUCUUUAUAUUUUUGUUUGUGCAUUGUGUGUUUUCCUUGUGAAGGUCAAGCUCUACUCUGAAGAAAGUGUUGUUUUUGUUUCCAAAGUUGUUCUGAAUAUUCAUUUUGAGACUAGUACGAAUGUAGUUCAAGGUGAUAACUGCCAAAAAAUGUGUUGCCAAAAAUCAAAGUUUAUAUAAAAGACAUGAAGAGAUAUAAACCGCUGAGCUGAAGCACCUUUGUUUCUGUGUUUCUGCUUCGUAAGUAAAAAAAAAAAGAAGCAAUACAACAUGAUGGCAAUCAAACAGUGUGAGAGUGGAAGCAAUAAUCUCAACUGGAGAUCCACUUAGUUACUGAUCCCUGAGCUUUCAGGCGCCUUCAUCAAAUGACCUUAAUGUGGAUCUGCGGUCACGUGAUAACAAUCUUUGUGUUGUCAUAUCAGACACAGCAGCCCUGAUGAACCUGAAAGCUCAGGAGACAUGUCGAUUUAUUUAAGUGGCCCUCUGCGACCACACCAGUCCCAGGUACCGAGCCUUAACACUGCAACACACCCAGACCUGUAACUUUGCCCUUUGACUGAACCCAGAUCAGCUUUUUUACCUAAUGGAAACUGAUAAAUCAUCCAAACCCUGAAAUGUGACUGAACAUCAGCGAGACACACAUAGUGACAGCAGGUUAUUCAAGCCCUUCGCUAUAUGACUGAUUUCUCCAUGAAUAUCCCAACUGUUAAUUAUGAUGAUGGGAAAAACAUUAUGGGUGAACCACUAAUGAAGAACCAUGUUAUCUUAUGUCGGACCUGUGCUCGUUCUCAUCCCUGUGGCUCAAUGCAAACACGUUCUCGGCUGAUGAUGCUACUGUUCUUAUUGUUACAGUUUAUAUGAGAUGAAUGUAGCAAUUGUGACUGUUUCAGAUUAGUGAUCUCAAACUCGUUGGUACUCGAUGUGGAAACGAUGUCGUGAAAAAUAUUAAAAGUUUUAUUUGAAAGUU